UGCCGGAAGUUCGUCGCCAUUUUGGACGCGGAAGUGGAGUGCCGGCGUUGUUUGGGUUUUGUAGCCGCUCGUAGAAGUGGUCGGUAGGCCGGCCAGGCGGGGGUCGGCGUUAGGUUGUCAACCCGUUACGGAGCUAGGCUUCGCUCUGACCGAUCCAACGUGGUGACGGGGCAGUCUGUCUACAAAUGGCUGCCCACAGUAACAAUCUGCAGAAAGGUAUUGACCUUGCAAGCAAGGCAGCUCAGGAAGAUAAAGCAGAAAACUAUGAAGAAGCCCUACGAUUAUACCAGUGUGCAGUGCAAUACUUCUUGCAUGUUGUCAAAUAUGAAGCUCAAGGUGCAAAAGCCAAAGAAAGCCUUCGUACUAAAUGUACAGAAUACCUUGAUCGGGCUGAAAAACUGAAGGAUUAUCUGCAAAAAAAACAAAAGGUGAAGAAGCCUGUUGAAGAGUCCAGCUCGAGUAACGAUAAGGGGAAUGAAAGUGAUGGAGAGGCUGACAAUUCAGAAAAGAAGAAAUUGCAGAAUCAACUACAAGGUGCCAUUGUUAUGGAAAAACCAGAUGUGGGUUGGAAUGAUGUUGCAGGUCUUGAAGGUGCCAAAGAAGCACUUAAAGAAGCAGUGAUAUUGCCCAUAAAGUUUCCUCAUCUCUUUACAGGUAAAAGAACUCCUUGGAGAGGGAUCCUACUAUUUGGCCCUCCUGGAACUGGCAAGUCGUACCUGGCAAAGGCUGUGGCAAAAGAAGCUAAUAACUCUACAUUUUUCUCCAUUUCCUCAUCUGACCUCGUGUCUAAGUGGCUUGGAGAAAGUGAAAAAUUGGUAAAGAAUUUAUUUCAACUUGCCCGAGACCACAAGCCUUCAAUUAUCUUCAUUGAUGAGGUUGAUUCCCUUUGUGGUUCGAGGAGUGAAAAUGAAAGUGAAGCUGCAAGGCGCAUUAAAACAGAGUUUUUGGUUCAGAUGCAAGGUGUUGGAGCAGAUAAUGAAGGAAUCUUGGUACUCGGAGCAACUAAUAUCCCAUGGGUUCUUGAUUCUGCCAUAAGGAGGAGAUUUGAGAAACGUAUCUACAUCCCAUUACCUGAGCAGGCUGCUCGUGGUGUGAUGUUCAAAUUGCAUCUUGGAACUACACCAAACAGUUUGUCUGAAGAAGAUUACCGGAUGCUUGCGAAAAAAACGGAGGGGUAUUCUGGGGCUGACAUCAGUGUCAUAGUGCGAGAGGCUCUGAUGCAGCCAGUCAGGAAAGUUCAAUCAGCUACUCACUUCAAGAAGGUCAGAGGUCCUUCAAAUUCGGAUCCAUCUGUGAUUGUAGAUGACCUCCUAACUCCAUGCUCACCGGGUGAUCCCAAUGCUUUGGAGAUGACCUGGAUAGAUGUUCCAGGUGAUAAGCUUCUGGAGCCUGUUGUCUCCAUGCCUGACAUGCUGCAGUCAUUAGCGAACAUAAAACCAACAGUUAACGAUGAAGAUCUGAAGAAAUUGAAAAAAUUCACAGAAGACUUUGGUCAGGAAGGCUAAAUCAUAGGAACAUGAUUUGCACUGCAUUUAUUUUCUUGUACCUCUUUUUUCUAUUCACUUCAAUCAAUUACAUAUACUAGUAAACAUUAUUUUACUUUUUUGAUAUUAAUCUUGUUUCUUGUGUUUCAGGCCAUGGGACUUUGUAUAAAAUUGGAUCUAAGCCUACUUAUUAUCUGAAUGUCUGCAUGUGCCUAUUAUGAAUCUAUAUCUCAUAGCAUACAGAAAAAGUUUGAGGACAGUGCAGAUUUCAUUAAGGGUAUAACAUGAUAUUUAUAUAUGACAAAAACAUCUGAGUAUUUUCAAAUGCACCGUGUGCAUACCAAUUUGCUGGGCUUGCUAUGGAUUGUAAAAUAAUCUUGCUUGUUAGUGAUACAUUCCAAAUAGUGAAUAGUGCAUUUAAACUGAUUAUUGCACAUGGACUGUGAUAAUUGUACAGCCCUUGGGGCUGGGACCUUCUCAUCGUACUUCAAGUACGCUCUAAGAUUUUCUACUAAUGAUAUGCAUAAAAUAUAAACCUUAAGCUUUGUACUGGAGAAAUUUGGGCUACAUGCAUCUAGUUAUUUGUAUUCUCGGAAAUAUGUAUGAGAUGAGCAAAUCCCCUCAUAGAUUUUUUUAAAUAAUGUAAAUGCUUAAAAGUCAUGGAAUCUUAAAUCCUGUGUGAGUUUAAUUUCUGUUUAUUUGUAAAUAAAAUAUGUAUCUACUUAAUGCUGUGCACUUAAAUUGUCAGAGUUGGGUAUAGCAAUUAAUUAUUUUCUUCAGGUUGCCAAAUAGAAGUUCUGAGGCCAUGUUGUUAGCUGACUGCACACAAGAUGUGUUCACCUAGGAUUUCAUGAUUAACAGCCUUCUAUUAUGCAUCUCACUUUUGAGGCACUUCUGCUGUACCUCAGCAGUUUUUAUUUUCUUGGGCUGCAGCCUGAGCAUAGAUGAGUCACCAGAUGAAAUGUCUGCAUGCAAGGUGCUUUCAGCAUACCUGGUGGAUAGAUGCAAGAGCUGGAAUGCAGUUGGAUAGAUUGAAGUAUGCUGAUUCCCUCCAGAUCCAAGCACGUGGAAGGAAAGUUUGCACAGUUGUAAGUGAAGACAAUCAGCGUUUGAGCAAGAACAAACCUCUGGAGGAAAUGGGAAUCAAGCAGCAUCUCUUGGGAGUGGAGAGGAUAUGGGAGAAGGCAGGAGAAUGGGUUUGAGAGGGAUAAUAAAUCAGCCAUGAUGGAAUGGCAGUUGCAGACUUGAUGAGUUGAAUGGCCUAUAGAAAGAGGACUAAGAAUGGAGAGGGAAAGUUGUGAAUAUGAAGAAGAGAGGCUUCCAAGAGGACCACAUUUGGAGGCUUGUAUGCCUCAAUGACCUGAAGAGCUCUGAUGGGUGGAAUUGGCUUUAUGCUUUCGCUCUUGGUAGGGCCAACCAUGCAAACAGCAAAGGGUAAAGGCCAGGCGAAGAGCGGUCCACUGCUUCUCCAGGUUUGGAGAUUCACAGCUUACAACCCUGGCUGGUAAAACAAAAUUGUUGACUGAAACACCAAUGAAGAUUUGGUCUACAUCUGACUGCGGUGGUAUUCCUGAGUAGGCAAUAGGUGGAAGCAGAUUAGAAAAAAUGUACAUGGAGCCAGGUAGAAUGAGGGAAGGGUGAUCAGCAGGUAUAUAAAGGUUACAAAUGCUGGAAUCUGAAAAAUAGGGAAGGAGAUUAUGGGAACUAUUAAGGGAGAGCUGAAAGGGCAGACAGGAAAAGAUAUGGUUGACAUGUAGGUGGGUAGAACUUGUUUUGUAUUUUAUUUAGAAAUACAGUGCUGAAAUGACCCUUUGAGCAGGAGAAAACACACACAUUCCACGGGAAGAAUGUAUAAGCUCCAGAAUUGAACUCUGGAAUAGCCUCAUACUACACACACUACUGUGGCAUAACUUGAAAGGGAGAAGGAUGAAAAUGAAUGGUGAUUAUGGAAAACAUCCGGAUUGGACUGUAUAAUUGUUAUUAUGCUUGUAGAUUAACUUUCUUAUUCCUGUUUAUAAUUUUUUAUAAUUACCAGCAUACUUGUAAUUGUUCAGUGUUUUUCAGUUGUUGAAGUUGUGGGUAUCACAUUGCUUGAAUGGUUAUUGGUUAAUUGAAGCAAAUGGAUUGUCUAUGAAAAUUCAAUGGGAUGCAGCAAACUGGUGUAAGAAGAGCACACAACAUUGGAUUGUUCUUUAACCUUCUGUUCUUUUCCCUUCCAAUAGGGUCAUCUUCCUUCACUCUCUCUCCCCCUCUUGCUUCAUCUUCUUUCUCUUUGUUUUGUUCUUGUAAUGCUUAAUAAACAACUAUAAGCAACAAGUUUUAUGCUUCAUUCUUGACUUCCAAAGAACCUCAUGGACAAAAGGGAACAAAAACGGGAGGACUGAAGGUGAAUUGGAAGGAGGGACAAAGGGGAACACAAGCACCAAACGUUGCUUGAAAUUGUAAAAUUCCUCAUUCAUACCUUUGGUUGACAAUUACCCAACCAAAAUAUGAAUUGUGUUCUGCCUCAUCCUUGCAGUGAGAAGGCCAAGGAUGGAUGGGACAAUGUGGGAACGGGAGAGGAAGUUUGUUUAUUUAUUUAUUGAGAUACAUAAAUUGAGCAUGGAAUCGGCCCUUUGUGGCACACCACCCGGCUAUCCCCCAAUUUAAUCCUAGCCUAAUCACAGGUUAAUUUACAGUGACCUGUUAACCUACCAAUUGGUAUGCCCAGAGCUUAAUAACAGAAGGCUGUUAAUCAGGCAAUCCCAGAUGAACACAUCUUGUAUGCAGACAUUUAAACUGGCACAGAGUUUACAGAGAAUGGUGUGAAAAACAAAAAUAAUGAGUGGCAGCUCUGUGGGUAAAGUGGAUGUACUGCAGCAGCAGAAGACCGUAAACAUAUAUUCACAUAUGAGUUUACAUCUAUGGUCUUCUGCUAAAUACAUCUCAUUGGUGUG